GGGGGGUGUUCGCAAGGACCCAUGGGAUAAGGUCCCUGUUUUGCAUCUUAUAAAAACAAUUUUCAUACCUCCUUCGAGUGAGGAGUUGAAAAAUUGUCUCAAUUUCCGUCUCUGUAAGACAAGUUGAUCUAUUAAUGGCUUAUCCUCCACCCGGACCAGGAUACCCAGGCGGGCCAGGCUACCCUCCCAGUGGCGGUUAUCCCCCACCACCUGGAGGCUACCCCCCAUCAGGUGGCUACCCCCCUGCAGCCCCUGGGGGCUACCCACCCGCCCCUGGCGGCUACCCUCCUGCUCCUGGUGGUUACCCACCAUCGGGUGGCUAUGGCUACCCUCCAGCUGGUGGAUAUCCUCCUCCACAACCUGGCUAUGCUGGUGGACCUCCACCUCCAGGUAUAGCCCCAGGUAUAGGUGGCCCCCCUCCAUCGGGUCAAUAUGGUGCCCCACCUACUUCACAACCAUAUGGCGCCCCACCCACAAGUGGCUACCCAGGAUACCAGCAGCAUCCACCACCUCCCCAGCCAUCUGCGCAGAGCUAUAAUGCCCCGCCCCCUGCUGGGUAUGGACAGCAGCCUGCAGCUCAAGGCUAUGGACAACACCCCCCUGGAGGAUAUGGACAACAUCCCCCAGCUACAAGUGCCCCAGUUCCUCAGCAAGCCCCUGCUAGACCAGGACCUCCUUCGCGACCACCCCCUCCUUCGGGUGGCGGAUCAGCUGCACCAGUUGCUCAGAUGGCAUCAAUGUCUCUUGGUCAGACUGUUUAUGGCCAUGGUACAGUGAAGGCAGCUUCUCCAUUUGAUGCAGAGACAGACUGUGAGCUGCUCAGGAAAGCAAUGCGAGGAAUGGGUACAAAUGAGGCAGAGCUGAUUGGCAUUCUAGCAAACCGCUCCAAUGCCCAGCGUGUGGAGAUCAGAAAGCGCUACAAGACCAUGUAUGGUAAAGACCUGAUGAACGACCUGAAGUCAGAGCUCAGUGGCAACCUGGAGGAGUGCCUGCUAGCAAUGAUGGAGCCGUCUGUCCUGUACGAUGCCAAGUGCCUUCGCAGGGGUAUGAGGGGGGCGGGUACAGAUGAAGAGACACUCAUCGAUAUCCUCUGCACAAGAUCCAACCAGGAAAUUGAAGCCAUCAAACGCGAAUACAAAGAAUAUUACAAGAGAGACCUGGAGAAGGACUGUGUGAGCGAGACAAGCGGUCACUUCAAGCGCCUUCUUGUAUCAAUGUGCCAGGGUAACCGGGAUACCAAUAUGACUGUUGACAUGGCAAAGGCAACAAAAGAAGCCCAAGAUUUGUAUAAGGCCGGGGAGAAGAAGUGGGGAACGGAUGAGUCUCGUUUCAAUGUGGUGCUAGCCAGCAGAAGUUUCCCUCAGCUGCAAGCGACUUUUAAUGAGUACAUCAAGAUCUCUCAGCGAGACAUCAUGAAUAGUAUUGACCGCGAGAUGUCUGGAGAUCUGAAGGCGGGCUUCAGGUGUAUUGUUCAGUGCGCGCGCAACCCCGCCGAGUACUUUGCCGACCGCCUUUGGAAGAGCAUGAAGGGUGCUGGCACCGACGACUCGCUUCUCAUACGUGUAGUGGUCUCACGUUCAGAGGUUGACCUUGUCGAGAUCAAGGCCUCGUUUCUGCAGAAAUACCACAAGACGGUUUACAAGAUGAUCGAGGGGGACUGUAGCGGUGACUACAAGAAACUGCUUAUGGCUCUUGUAGGAAAGAAUUGAGCAAAAAUAAAUCCAGGGCAAACCCUUACUUUUUCUCAUCCCCCCAAAGCCCUCUCCCAAUACACAAAAGGCUGAUUUAGGUCCACAGCCGGCAACAAGACGCCGGCCUCGUGCACUUUCAAUUAUGCUUACACGCUUUUUUUUUGUACCAUCGUCGAGUCGUGUUGAGGACGGCAUUUCAUGCUUUCCCAGUGCCAUCUCAGAACACGACUCCGGCGAAACUCAGCGUGCGCAAUAGAACGUGCACGAGCCGGUAUCCGGCUACCGUAGAUCUAAUUACCCUAAUAAACCGGGCUAAUACCCCGGAGGCUCAAUAUCCCGGAUGGCUAAUAUCCCUUGGUAGGAUAAAUUAAGAAAAUUGAGUGCGAGACAUCAUGGGUAGGGUAUAUUGAGACUUAUAAUUCUUUCCAUAUAGCUCAUUGCCUCGCAUUAGCGACUGGGUGCGUUACUUAAUUGUACCACCACUUGUAGAGUGCGCUUACCACUCGAAUAAAAUGGAUGAAAUCUCUAACCUGAGCCGCCCUUGUCUUAUCAACAUGUCCAGCUGAAUGCAAUAGACUCACUAGGGGUAAGACGACUCAUUUUUGGUCCCAUCCAUUUUUUUCCUACGGAGAGUCACUUACGCUAGGUAGAACACAUGUCUGCUUGUUUUUGUUUCUAUUUUUCUUUUCUGUGCAUGCACGAUCGAUAUUUUGAAGGGUUUUCGUUAAAUCUUGCUUUAUACAAUUUAAUCGUUUUUUUUUUGUUAAUUCGGCACCCUUUCUUUACACUUAGCUUCCCGCGAAGGUUUAUGUUAUUGUGUAGCCUUCAGCAAAUAAAGAAACAAUUUUCACCAAAA